AGUCCUUUCGUUGCAUUUCAUCAAGUUUUUAAAAAAUUUGGACCUUUGAUUGAUUCUUCUUUAAUUUCUUUCUUUCUUUAUUUGGUUAAAAACAGCCAUAAACAGUUAACAACUCUACACUGAAUUGUUAAUGACGCUUUCUCUCCCUCUCUCUUUUCUUCACUGUUGUUGUCCUCUCUCUUUCUAUUCCCCUUUUUGGUCUUCACUAUGUGUUCGUGAGUUCUCCACGCUUUUAAAGUUUUAACUCUGGGGCUAAUAUUUUCUCUAUACUCUUUCUUCUUAAGCCAACCCCCUCUUGCUGUGACAUUUGUGUUGUGUUGUUUUCACAAGGGUCUCUUCUUGUUUUAGUUUUUAGCACAAAACUAGGAAUCAACACCCCCCCCCCCUUCCCCCCCACACCCCACAACUCAUUUCCAGUUUAUUCGAGUCAUUAUGAAUGCUAAUAGACUUGUAUUCUUCAAGAUCAGUGCACCCUUUUAAGUUUCUUGAAAAAAGUUUGAGUUUUUAAGCAAAUAUUUAUGGCUGGCAGUAACGAGAUCAACGCUAAUGAAUCUAAGAGAGUGGUUCCACUUAAUACAUGGAUACUUAUAUCCAAUUUCAAGCUGGCUUACAACAUGCUUCGCCGGUCUGAUGGCACAUUUAACCGCGAUUUGGCUGAGUUUCUUGAAAGGAAAGUUGCUGCAAAUUCGAUUCCAGUUGAUGGUGUUUACUCUUUUGAUGUAGUUGAUAGAGCUACGAGCCUACUUAACCGAGUCUAUAAACCUGCCCCGAAAAAUGAGGCUGAUUGGGGUAAAGUAGAGAUUGAUAAACCUUUGAGCACAACAGAAAUUGUUCCUGUUAUUAUUUUCUUCCAUGGUGGAAGUUUCACUCAUUCUUCAGCCAAUAGUGCUAUUUACGACACAUUUUGUCGUCGCCUUGUUAGCAUUUGCAAGGCUGUUGUUGUUUCUGUGAAUUACAGACGAUCACCUGAGAAUCGUUAUCCUUGUGCGUAUGAUGAUGGAUGGGCUGCUCUUAAAUGGGUGAAAUCGAGGACAUGGCUUCAAAGUGGGAAGGAUAUGAAAGUUCAUGUCUACAUGGCCGGUGAUAGUUCGGGUGGUAAUAUUGCUCACCAUGUUGCUGUGAGGGCAGCUGAAGAAGGGGUCAAAGUAUUGGGAAAUAUUCUUCUUCAUCCAAUGUUUGGUGGACAAAAGAGGAUGGAAUCCGAGAGUAGAUUGGAUGGGAAGUACUUCGUAACGGUUCAGGACAGGGAUUGGUAUUGGAGGGCAUAUUUGCCGGAAGGGGAAGAUAGGGACCAUCCUGCUUGUAAUAUAUUUGGACCUAGGUCUAAAACCCUUGAAGGACUGAACUUUCAAAAGAGUUUAGUCGUUGUAGCCGGUUUGGAUCUUGUUCAAGAUUGGCAAUUGACUUAUGUUCAAGGAUUGCAGAAAUCAGGGCACGAGGUGAAUCUUCUAUACCUAAAGGAGGCAACAAUAGGUUUCUAUUUCUUGCCUAAUAACGAUCAUUUUCGUUGCCUUAUGGAGGAGAUAACAAGCUUCAUCCAUCCUAACCGUUCAUAGACUUACUUAACUUCAACUAAAGGCAGCUAUAUAUAACAGAAGCUUGACAUAUCACUCGGGUUUUUUUCAUCCUCUGUAGUGAAUAUAAUGGUGUGUAGUUAUAUGAUUUGUGUAGAGUUACUUCUCUGUAUCACAUUAAAUUGGUGAUAAGAGUGUCAACCCUUGCGGUUGUCGUUCUGCAUUUGAAGGUGUUUGCUGAUGAAAUGUCGGCCCUCGAGCGGUUGCCUGAGAAUUGUAACUUGUGGAAUUGGUAGAAGAAUCUUGUAGUAUUGAUGAGGGAGUAAUUUCUGGUGGUCUCUCAGUUGUUUCAAGCAUCUGUGGUUACUACCCCUAAAAAGAACUAAUCUCAGAACAUGGAUUGGAAAGUUCAUGAUGUUGUGAUCUUAUUUUGUAUGUUAUAGUUGUGUUUUUAGAAAAUAUAUAUAAGAUUUUGCUUGUUAAGUUUC